AUGCUGUUGUUUCUGACCUUCAGGGCCAUGUUCACGGGCGGCAUGAGGGAGGCAAGCCAGGAUGUCAUUGAAUUGAAAGGUGUGUCGGCCCGUGGACUGCGGCACAUCAUUGACUUCGCUUACAGCGCUGAAGUGACCCUGGACCUCGACUGUGUGCAGGAUGUGCUGGGUGCGGCUGUGUUCCUGCAGAUGCUGCCUGUGGUGGAGCUGUGUGAGGAGUUCCUCAAGGCAGCCAUGAGUGUGGAGACCUGCCUCAACAUCGGCCAGAUGGCCACCACUUUCAGCCUGGCUUCACUCCGGGAAUCCGUAGAUGCUUUCACCUUCCAGCACUUUCUGCAGAUUGCAGAGGAGGAGGAUUUCCUGCGCCUGCCCCUGGAGCGCCUCGUCUUCUUCCUGCAGAGCAAUCGGCUGCAGAGCUGCACUGAGAUCGACCUGUUCCGUGCUGCCGUCCGCUGGCUGCAGCAUGACCCAGCCCGGCGGCCACGAGCCAGCCAUGUGCUGUGCCACAUCCGCUUCCCACUCAUGCAGUCAUCGGAGCUGGUGGACAGCGUGCAGACACUGGACAUCAUGGUAGAAGAUGUGUUGUGCCGUCAGUACCUGCUGGAGGCCUUCAACUACCAGGUGCUGCCCUUCCGGCAGCAUGAAAUGCAGUCACCACGCACCACUAUUCGCUCGGACGUGCCCUCACUUGUCACCUUUGGUGGCACACCCUACACUGACAGUGACCGCUCCGUCAGCAGCAAAGUGUACCAGCUGCCUGAGCCUGGUGCCCGCCACUUCCGUGAGCUCACAGAGUUGGAGGUGGGCUGCAGCCACACGUGUGUGGCCGUGCUGGACAACUUUGUGUACAUGGCUGGUGGCCAGCAGUUGCAGUAUCGGAGUGGUGAGGGUGCCGUGGAUGCCUGCUACCGCUAUGACCCCCAUCUGAACCGCUGGCUACGCCUGCAGGCCAUGCAGGAGAGCCGCAUCCAGUUCCAGCUGAAUGUGCUCUGUGGCAUGGUGUAUGCCACGGGCGGCCGCAAUCGGGCUGGCAGCCUGGCCUCUGUGGAGAGGUACUGCCCCCGGCGUAAUGAGUGGGGCUAUGCCUGCUCGCUGAAGCGCCGCACAUGGGGCCAUGCUGGGGCUGCUUUGGGGAGCCGCCUCUACAUCUCGGGUGGCUACGGCAUCUCAGUGGAAGACAAGAAAGCCCUGCACUGCUAUGAUCCUGUGUCCGACCAGUGGGAGUUUAAGGCACCCAUGAGCGAGCCCCGUGUGCUGCAUGCCAUGGUGGGUGCUGGCGGCCGCAUUUAUGCCCUUGGUGGCCGCAUGGACCAUAUGGACCGCUGCUUUGACGUCCUGGCUGUGGAGUACUAUGUGCCCGAGACAGACCAGUGGACUACUGUGAGCCCCAUGCGGACAGGCCAGUCAGAGGCCGGCUGCUGCCUGCUGGAAAGGAAAAUCUACAUCGUUGGGGGCUACAACUGGCGCCUCAACAAUGUGACAGGCAUUGUGCAGGUGUACAACACAGAGACAGACGAGUGGGAACGAGACCUACACUUUCCAGAGUCCUUUGCAGGCAUUGCCUGUGCCCCUGUCCUGCUGCCCCGGGCUGGGACCAGGAGGUGACCCCUGGAACCUUGGCCUGGCUGCAUGCUGUCUCUGAGCGGGGCUUGGCAACUCCACAUCUGGCCAAGAACCCCAGCAGCUCCCCCUGGGCUGGCCCCAGGGGCCUGCUGCAUUGAUAACCUCCCCUCCCUGGUCUGGGGUCCCUCCCUCCUUCAUUCCCAAAGCAGAUCCUGACUGGGAGUCCAGAUGAGGGAGCGUGCCAGCCAGGAGGCAGACGUGUUGUGGCAGCACUUCCAGGGCAGUUUUCUCACUACCUUGAUGUCCUGGCUGGUGGGUGGAAAUUCUGCUCUCUUUUGUGGUAGUGGUUGUGUGGCUUUGCCUCUCUCCUCUCCCCAACCCCACCAGUCCCACCAUUUCAGACAUUCAGAUGCAAGCUCAUUAACAUCAAACCCAAAGUCCAAGGUAUGCAACUCACCACCCCCUGCUAAAUCUCUUGCCUAUUUGUGUUUUUAAAAUAAACUCACCCCAAACCUCCAUAACAUAAGGAACUCCAGGAGCAGUAAGAGGAAGCUCUGAAGCCUCUGGCUCAGGGUGGGUAGAGAACAAGAGUACAUGCCUCCCUCCCCAACACAUGCCCCCAACACCUGCACCCCUCAUCCUGAGCUGCCUGGGCAGGAGGCUCUGGCUGAGUCUCUGUUUCUGAAGGGCCCCAGCACCUUCAAAGCAUUCACUCAUUUUCUUUCAGGAGGAAAUAACUCCCAGAGAUGGUCCUUAUGGGUCUUGGGCCUUCCACUUGGCACUCAAUGUCACAUGGGGCCUUACUGAGGAGGAUAGGCCAAGACAGCCCCUGCCUAUGUUUGCCUCUGGUGGCUGUGCUGUCCUCGUCCCAUGGUUCAGAAUCUUGCAAUGCAUGUGCAUCUUGCAGGUCUGUUGGAUGAUUUUUAUUUCCUUCCCUUUUUUCUACCCUUCUGUGUCCCCCGGGCCCCCACCAACCUACCCUGUUUUUAGGUAAUGUUACUGAGCCUGGGCCCACCCCUAGGGGAAGUCAGGUCUGUGGUGAGGCCUUUCCCUUUAAGGGCUUCAUGACAUCUCCAGCCACAUCCAUUUUGAUGCUUGAACCUCUAAACCUUUCUUUUUGUUUUGCUUUACUUUUUUUUUUUUGAAACAGUCUCAUUUUGUCACCCUUGGUAGAGUGCCGUGGCGUCAUAGUUCACAGCAACCUCAAACUCCUAGGCUUAAGCAAUUCUCUUGUCUCAACCUCCCAAGUAGCUGGGGCUGUAGGCGCCCACAGCAAUACCCGGCUAUUUUUAGAGAUGAGGUCUCACUCUGGCUCAGGCUGGUCUCAAACCCAUGAGUUUAGGCAAUCCACCCGCCUUGCCCUCCAGAGUGCUGGGAUUACAGGUGUGAGCUACCACACUCAGCCUUUUUUUUUUUAAAGAAGCCAGGGCCAGACACGGUGACUCACGCCUGUGGUCCUAGCACUCUGGGAGACUGAGGCUGGUGGAUUGCAUGAGCUCACAGGUUCAAGACCAGCCUGAGCAAAAAGCAAGACC